AUGACUUCGUACACGGACAAGGGUAUAAAACCAGAGGCUGGACGUUUCCUUGCGUUCGAUCAUCUAACUUUCUGGGUAUCGAACGCGAAACAGGCAGCAAGUUAUUAUAUUACACGUUUCGGCUUCGAACCUGUGGCUUACAGUGGACUGGAGACCGGCUCGCGAAAAACCGCUUCUUACGUUGUCCGAAUGAAUAAGAUCGUCUUCGUACUCCGUUCACAGUAUCAGCCCGAAGAGACAGAGUUCGUCAACGAGGUGGCUUACCACGGAGACUUUGUUAAAGACGUCGCCUUCCAUGUUGAGAACCUUGACUACAUCUUAGAGUAUGCAAAGAAACAAGGCGCUGAAGUUGUCCGGGAUCUUUGGGAAGAGAAAGAUACUUUCGGAGUUGUGAGGAUGGCGACUAUUAAAACGUAUGGAGACAAUACUCAUACUUUAGUGGACAGAUCUAAAUACCGAGGAGCAUUCUUACCAGGGUACCGGACCUUGGGCCAAGAUGUCAUCAAUAAGUUCCUCCCAAAAGUGGAAAUAAACUUCAUCGAUCAUGUGGUAGGUAACCAGCCCGACAAUGGAAUGGAAGCGGCUGCAUCUUGGUAUGAAAGAUGUCUGCAGUUUCACAGAUUCUGGUCUGUAGAUGACAAGCAGGUCUGCACAGAAUACUCCGCCCUCCGCUCUGUGGUAAUGGCGAACUGGGAGGAGACAGUCAAGAUGCCCAUCAACGAGCCAGCUGCUGGUAAACGUAAGAGUCAGAUCCAAGAGUACGUGGAAUAUCAUGGCGGGGCUGGUGUCCAACACAUAGCUCUCAAUACUGAGGAUAUUAUUACUGCCAUCGAAAACCUCCGCGCCCGCGGUGUAGAAUUCCUCUCCAUACCAUCAAAAUACUACCAGCUCAUAAGGGAACGGCUUCAACACAGCAAAGUGAAAGUAGCCGAGAGUAUCGAUGCUUUGGAAAGGCUGAACAUACUCAUUGAUUACGAUGAUGAUGGAUACUUACUACAAAUCUUCACCAAGAACACACAGGACAGACCCACGCUGUUCUUAGAGGUUAUACAGAGGAGGAAUCACAACGGUUUCGGUGCUGGCAACUUCAAAACCCUCUUCGAAUCUAUAGAAUUGGAGCAAGAAAAACGUGGCAAUUUAUAA